GUGCUGGAGCAAGAUGUGGUCCUGCAGUCCAUUGACCGGGCCAUCGAGGCCGUGCACAACGCGGCCAUGAAGAACGGGGGCAAGUACAACCUGGAGCAGAGAGACGUCCUGCAAAAACUGAUCCAUCACCGCAAGGAGACCGUGUCCCGCAAAAGUCACUCGCCGACCCCUCCGGGGAUGGUUAUGAGCCAGUCCUCCAGCGACCACCACCUGGACGUGGCGCGGCAGCCCAACGGGGUCUGCCGGAGCGGCUACGAGCGGCACCACAGCCUGCCAAACACCGAGUUUGAGGAGGAGGAUGAAGGCCUCUACCAGAUCCCCCCGCAGCCCCGACGCGCUGCUCCCGUCACGCCUCCGCCUCCGGAGAAGCGCAGGAGCGCCCAGAUCGCUGCAGCUGCCAAGACCGUGCCCAAGACCAUCGGGGCCGAGCUCAUCGAGCUGGUGCGCAGGAACACGCACCUCAGCUACGAGCUGUCCCGCGUGGCCAUCGGCGUGGUCAUCGGCCACAUCCCGAGCUCCGUCCCGGCCACCAGCAACAUCAUGGAGCAGAUCCUCAUCUCUGUGGUGGAGAGUAAGAACCUGAGCUCCGGGCUGCCCUCGGGGCAGGUCUGCCACGACGAGCAGCGGCUCGAGGUGAUCUUCGCAGACCUGGCCAGGCACAAGGAUGACGCCCAGCAGCGCAGCUGGGCGCUCUACGAGGACGAGAACGUCAUCUGCUGCUACCUGGAGGAGCUGCUGCGCAUCCUGACAGAUGCAGACCCAGAAGUUUGCAAGAAAAUGUGCAAGAAGAAUGAGUUUGAAUCGGUUCUGUCCCUUGUGGCGUAUUACCAGAUG